UUCCCUGCAACACAGAUAUCGAAAGAGCAGCAGUAAGAGCAACCUGGAGAGGAGCCUCUGGCUCCAUCACCACAGCCUCACCCCUCUCUUGCCACACCCACACCCCACGGUGAUGAUCGGCAAAGCACCAUGCUCCAGCUGCAAAUCUAUGCAGACACCUCUAAGCUGUGCCACAAAAGAUGGGAACUCCAGUAAGUCAAGGGAAAGCACCUCUUUUCGGGAGACACUCAGCUGAGGAAGCAGCACCAACCUGGAUUGUUGCAAACUGGCGCUCCUAACUGCUUCAGAGCUGGAAGCCUGGCAAAGUCUCCCUGCAGUCCUUGGAGGGCCUCUUUGCCCUGGCACAGCCCUCCUCCUCCAUGGCUUUCCAGCCCUGCCCGGUGGUCACGCAGCCUGCAGCCGUCAGCAGGUGCUGCCCGUCUCCAUACAGGGAUUGGAAAACGGACCUCUUUGACUGCUCUGCUGACAAGCUCAUCUGUCUCUGCGGCAUCUGCUUUCCCUGCAUCCUUGCCUGCAAGGUGGCCGUAGACUAUGGCGAGUGUUGCUGCGUGCCCUUCUUGCCAGGGGCUCUCAUAGCCAUGCGGACAGGCCUGCGAGAACAGCUGCGCAUCCAGGGCUGCGUGUGCUGCGAUUGGGUGGCUUUCUGCUGCUGCUGUCCCUGUGCCCUUUGCCAGAUGGCACGAGAGCUGAAGAGCCCCUGUUAGCCACCACCCAAGCUAGGCAUGCUCCGGAACCAACCCUGUCGAUGGGCAACUCCGAAUGCCAGGGAGAGAGAGAGGCACGCUCUGGUGAUCCAUGGCCAGAAUGAGCACAGCCACUUGUUGCCUCUUUCAGGGAAGCGUCAGGGCAAAGCUGGAUUUUCCUGCCAGGCAGAGACUGGGGUUGUCCAGGAAAUCACGGCCAAUGCAGAGCGCCAAAGGAUGCUGGAGAGAUUGACGGAAGCAGCUUGCUUCUCUUACUGAACUUCAGGAGCUGCUUAACUAAUCAACUGAGCAUAGCCAGAGCCACCUUUUCACAUCGUAAACUGGGGAGCACAGUAUGCACUUCUCCCUGGACAUGCACAUAGAGCUACUGGCAUCUUAAACAGAGGAGGGGAACACUGCAGUUGUGCACCUGCACUCAGCAGAGCAGCACACAUCCAAGGCUGUGACGCAACCACCUUGGUGAGUGGGAGUGCAGCUGAUUCUCAGGAUGCGGAGCAGACGAGAAGGACCAGUUUGUAUCAGCAGAAUCAAAUCCUAAAGCUGCUUCUGGAUGGUACUACUUAGGAGCGAGGAGACUGUAUGUGUAAAACAGGGUGUCAGAGAGAACCCAGCAAGACUGCAGAGCAAAGGAAGGAAGGAAGGCUAGGCUAGAACCCCUCUUCCUAACUUGCUAGUUUUGAAUGCACAGAGAGCUCUUUACAUGGGUGGGCACCCAAACAUGAACAGCCUCCCUCUUCCUGCAACAAACUGAAGUGCCGUCCAGGAAAACUUGCACACUUGAUUUUGCCAAUUGUAUAAA